CCACGUCUAAAGCCACCUCCCCUCCACCCAGGCACUGAAAAACCACCCAGGUGCUCUUCCUCUUUGUGGUGCUCAUUUUUGGGUGCUGGCACCCCAAAUCCUCUCUGUUUCUGGACAUCCAUGGACAUAUUUUGGAUCCUUCAUCUCACCAUGCUCGUCGUCCUCCACCAACCCAGGGCACUGGAUCUUCAUCACUCUUCUCUGCUUCUCUGCUCAUGGGAUCACAGCUGCUUUAACAUCUGCUUGCUUUGGCAUGGUGGCUUUUGCUCGAUAUCUGCAAUUUGAGCGCUUUCGCCUCCCUAUUCCUUCACGCGCUGUAGGGGAGAAAGAGCCUUUCUCCAUAGCUUACAAGAGGAUUUCAGCCCAAAACUAAAGGCAUGCACGACAAGAGCAGCGUAAGAAGCGAGCCCAUCAUGGCAGCUCCAGCCGGUGCAAGUAACAUCACGGUGGUGAUCGGGGUCCUGGGCGAGUCUGUGACCUUCCACGUCAACACCACGGAUGAAGACCCGGCACUCUGGAGUUUUGGGGAUAAAGUCAUAGUGACUGUGCCAUUUAAGGAUCCUUCUGUUGCCGUUUUUCAUAACGACACGUACAAACUUUAUUGUCAUGUGUCCGAGAAGGGCCGCGCGCUCACAGUCGCCCCGCUGAGGAUGGAGGAUGCCGGGCACUACUCUGUAAGAAUCAACGGAAAAGCAUACAACUUCACUCUCCACGUGUUCAGGAAACUGGCAGAGCUCACGGUCACCAGUGAGGCCCAGAACAGCUCGGACGGGAGCUGCCACCACUACCUGCAGUGCUCCCUGUCUGGCACCGACUUCGGGAGUGUCUCCUACAGCUGGUGGGCGGGGAAUCAGCUCUUGGCUGAGGGCCCCAUGCUGCCGGUGAAUGAAUCACUCUUGGGUGUGAGGGAGCCACUGAUGUGCACAGCACGGAACGCCGUCAGCAGCAGGAACGUCCCUGUCACCAACCUCGUGAUGCUCUGCGCAGGUGCCAACUCCGGCAGCUGGAUCUGGAUCUUGAUCUUGAUCUUGAUCAUACUUGGCAUUGUCGCAGUGCUUUUGAUUUUCUUUGUGUCCUACUGUAAAUCCAGAGAUGAAUGUGGAAGACCAUCCCAGAAGCUCUGGGCAACAGGAGUGCCCUGGAUGAGGAGAAAGUUCUGGAUCAGCGUUGGCAGCCAGGACGACUCACACGGUGCUGCUGGGGACAUGGACACACAGGCUGAGGAGUCUGUCUGAUGGAGCAGAUCAACCCUUUGGUGCUAUGCAACACUCCAAAUACUGUGAUUAAGCUUUAGAACAAACAAACCUACAAACACCAAUUCUCUCCCAGAUGAGGAAAAGGGACAAAGGUGAAAACACAUAAAGAAAAUAACGGGACACUGGAAUAUAAUUACCUUUUUCCUGUUGUGAGGUAGGAUUAGGGAAUGGCAAAGCAGCCGCUGAAGUUGAAAACAGCAUUAAGAAAAAAUUAUUUUUUUAUUUAGUGUCCUGUUAUUUUCUUUAUAUUUUUACAUAACAGUAGCUAAAAAGAAGGAACGCUAAGAAUUAAUCAGAACAUUCCCUUUCCCACUACAACUUCCCUUUUCCCACUGACAAUCCGAAGCGACAAAACCUAAAAUUUCAGUCACUUUACUACUUCUAGAAUUGUUCUCCUUCAUUUCACUUAGGGAGAGAAGUCCCUCUUGGUAAUGUUAUGGUGACUUCUCCACAAGGAAACGGUUCUCUCGUGGCUCUCUCCAUUCCUUUUCCCCCCCUUUUCCACAAGCUGUGUUCAUGGGCCAUGUCAGUUUAUGGGGUACUGUGUGAAGGAUGAGCUGUUCAAGAGCAUUUCAGCCUAAAAUUAAUGGCAUCUCCUCACCUCUCCCAUGUGGGUCUUGAUUCCUCUUCACUGACCUCAGUGUCUUCAUGGUGCUCCUCUACACACCAGAAUUUUGUCCUUUUUUUCCCCCUCUGGAGGGAGGAUGGAAGCAGUGGGAGAGUUAUCAUCUCACCUGGUUUACAGACCAAACAACUCAGGAAAAGACCAAAUUGAUAAAAUAUGAGUUUACCGUAGCAAGGAAGAAUCAGGGCUGUUAGCAUGGAAACUGAAGUAUUAACACAAAAGGGAUAUUUGAGGUGUGCCUUACUGAGCAGCAUUAAUGCCUUAAUAAUUUAUUGUACAUAUUUGCCAUUUCAGUAUUUAACACUAUUUUUUUGGACCAGCAAAAUGUAAUAAGCUGUUUUCUGAAAUGAUACUUUCUGAAAUUAUGAUUUCUGAAAUGAUACUUUCUUAAAACAAAUUUUUGAUGUCUGAAUGUAUGAAUGUGAUGCGCUGUUUUGAUGUAAAUAUUUUUUAGGAGUUUAAAACUGGAGAGCAAUUUAUAAUAAUAAAGGAGGCUCUGUUACUGUA